AAUUGCAAAAUAAACGACGCCAAACAAUAAACAUAAACAUCAACAAAAAAAAAAAAGGAAAAAGAAGCAUUGGAGUCGGCGAAAGCGCGGGAAUUGUGCAACUAAAUUGUGUUUUAAUUUUAAAGUGCAUCGCAAUGGAGAUGGAAAAAAAGGCCAAAGACCAAUUGCGUCGGUAUAAGAAAUCACGACACACACACUCAAGCAGCGACAGCUCCAGCACGGAUACCGACAGCGGUAGCAGUUCGUACAGCAGCUCGGACAGCGAGCGCGACCAUCAUGGCCAUGCCCAUCCGCAUCAGCGUGCAGCUGAGCGCCAUCAUCGGAAAAAGAAGAGCUCACGUCGGACAGGCAGCACAUCGUCGGGCGACGAGCGCCGCAAGCGCGAUAAACGUGAACGAGAGCGCGAUCGCGAUCGAGACAGAGAUCAUGUCCAGAAGAAGCUGGUGGCCAAGCGCAAUCAUAUCAAGCGUAAGCUCAAGGAGGCGCGUCUUAAGAAGCGAGCAGCUGCAGCGUUGAGCGGACACGGCCAUCGCGCCCUGUCCCCAGCCACACAGGCCAAACUAAAGAAGCUGGCGGAGCGCAAGCAUUUGCGCGUUGCCAGCAAAGAGCAGCGUGAAAGGGAGCGCGAAAAGCUACGGAGUGUGCAUCGAGAACGGGAACGCGAACGGGAUCGAGAUCAUCAUCGCUUAGGUAGCAGUCGUUCACCCACUGGCGCCUCUAGCACCACGACUACCACAAAAAUUCGCAUACAUCAGGAUGUGGUGGGCAAGCGGCAGAAAAGUCCCGGUCCUGGUUCGGGCUUGGGUCCAAAUGGUACGCCCGCCGCCCGCAUGCAUCAUCAGCUUAUGUCACGCGAGAAGAUCAUAAUUCAAACGCGUGCGCGCGGACGCACGCCAUCCUUGGAACGUGAGCGUGAGAGGGAGCGCGAACGCGAGCGCAUAGAGCGCGAAAGAGAGAGGGAGCGCGAGCGUGUGGAGCGAGAACACGAGAGGCAGCGGCACGAACACAAGCUGCAGCGCCAUGAUGACCUAUCGCUGCGAGAACGGGAACGGGAUCGGCGAGAUCGUGAACGAGAGCGUGCCGAGCGUGAAGCAGCUCGUGACAAAGAGCGAGCCGAGGCGCUGGCGCGCUGUCAGGAACGGCAGCGGGAACGUGAGCGCAUGGCCCGUGAAAAGAUGCGUCGCCAGGAGGAGGAAGAGGGCAAAAAGCCGUAUGGCGCUCCAGGCGUACGCGACAUAGAAAUGGCCAUGCCAUAUGGCAGUCGAGAACGCUCGCUGGAAACCGUAGAGCGCGCCGGUCGUCAUGUGCGCGAUAAGCGCGACUUGGAUGUCUACGAACGGGAGCAGGAACUCAUCGAGGCCGAACGCCACGGUCUGAUCAACGAGAUGCGCCGCUACGGUGAUCAGAGACGUCGCGAGCUCAGCCCCUUGCCCGACCACUAUCCGCCGCGUCUUCGAGAUCCACGCGAUCUCUACUCAGAAGAGGAGCGAGAGCGAGCCUAUAAGCGUGCGUAUUUGGAUGCCCGCUACUCCAGGGAUCGAGAGGCGUGGCUGGAGGCGCGCGAGCUGCGCGACUAUCGUGAAUUGGACGCAGAUGAUGCUCUCUAUGCAGAAGAGCGCAUGUUACGUGAACGUGAGCGGAACAGAGAACGGGAACGCGAGCGUUUGCCCUCUCGCGGCGACUAUCGUGCCGAAUGGGAACGCGACUGGGAUGAGGAUAACGGCGGUGGGGGCGGUAAUGCCGGUGGUGGCGGUGGCGGUGGCGCCAAUGGCAACGGUACACCUGGACGUGCCGCCGGUUUCGUGGGCGGCCCUAAGCGGCCGAAGCCUCCAAAUCAGCAGCCAGGAAAGCAACAGCAUCAUUCCGCCUCGGAGCCCGAUUGGGAUGCAGAUGAGCGCGAAGAGUGCGGUGACGGUAACGUCGGUGUGGUAAAGAAUGAGCCCGCAUGGCUAGAGCACGAUCAACGCGAGAAGCCACGGCCCUGGCAGCAGUCCAACAGUGAUUGGCGUGACAACGAUGAGCCGAACUUCGGUCGCAGCAAUGGCGCCGGUGGUGAGGUGCAGCCGCCUCAUCAUCCGCCAUCAUCCUCGCCGCAUCAUCAUGUGCAUACACGCGCCGAGCGGGGCGGUGGACGCGGUUUUCGACGUGGUGGCGGUGCACCAUCGCAUGGUCAUGAACAUGGCGAGCGUGGCUAUAGAUCGCAUCCACCGCCGCUAAUGACGUUGCCGGUGCAGCCGCCCGGUGGGUAUCACGGAGGCGGUGGCAGCACGCGUGGCUUUCCGCACAAGCGUCUACCCUAUGGCGGAGGCGGCGGCAUUGGCGGUGGCUCAUUUCUCAAAAAGCACCCACAUUUGCCCCCAACAGCAGCCACUACAGCAGUGUCCACAGCCCAGGCGCCGCCCCAUGCCCAGCCCAAGCCAGGUAAUGCCGCUGCACAGGCCAGUGCUGUAGCGGCGGCCACCACUGCGGUGGCAGCAGCCAAGGCAGCGGCCCAGAGCGCCGCCAAUGCCACCACCAAUCCGGGAAUAUUGGCACAGGUCAGCAAGUUGCCAAACAUUAAGCAGGAAGAUGCAUCCGAGGACUCGAUUGACACACCAGAGCUCGGUCAGAGUACCGGAGCCACUGAGCCAGCAGCAGAGCAGGCUGUAGACACAUCCCUGCGCCAGCUGAAACAAGAGCCAAAGCCAAACGGCGAGCUAAGCGAGAUUAGUGAUAGUGACGAUGAUAUACUUAACAAAACGGAUAAGGUGAAGCCCAAGAGCGAGCUGCAACUGGAUAGUGCGCUGGUUGGCACACAGGAGCUGUCCACCGACACAUUGUCUAACAGUGAAGAGCACAUCAAAGGCGAGAUGCAGCCUCAGUUGCAGUCACAGUCGCAGUCACUGUCGCAGUCACAGUCUCAGUCACAGUCACAGUCACAGACAAGUAUUAAGAACGAGGAGGUGGACGAGGUGCUGGACUUUGAGGAGAUAUCCGAUGGCGAAUUGGAAGAGGACGCGAGGCACAAGGGCAUUGGUGAUGCUUUGGGCGUCGACUGGCAGGGUUUAAUUGCGGAGACGCGACAGCAGGCGACGGAGCAUGCAGCACAGCAGGGCGCCGAUCGCAACACAUCGGCCAAGCAGCGGUGGCAGCCACAUCGUGUACUGCUUGAUAUGGGCAUCAGUUUUGGCAUGGCUGGCACGAAAUAUGCACAUCAAAUUAUCGAGGAAUCGCGACAGCAGCUGCUGCUGGAGGAGCAAAAAGCGCGACAAAGUCAGGCGCUUGUCAAGUCGGAGCACGAACGUGACACGGUUGAGGUCGGCAAGACGACGCCGGCUCACGACUAUCGUGAAUUGCUGGAUACCGAGCAUGUGGAGCCGCUUGCCUGUGUCCAGAUGGGCUUGCGCAGCGCCGCCGCCGAGCGACAGCGUCUGGUCGGAAAUGUCUGCGGUCCGGGCAGUCGGGCGUUAAGCUCGCGCCAGGAUUUACGAUUGCGGCGCCAACUGUGCGGCCUGCCCGCCCGCGAAUGCGAUUUUCCACGCAACGUGCCCAUUGUCAGCGAGGGAUUGCGAUCGUUGGCCAUGCACAUGUUCCAGCGCACGCUCGACGUCAAAUGAGAUCCGAUCGCUCGACGUCGGCUCGAGCAUCUCAGCUAUAGACUAGAUAUACAAAUCUAUAUGCAAUGUCCGAACAAUGUCUCAAUCGACGACGACACUGGAUAGCAAUGACGAUAAUGAUUAUGUUGAAUAUGAUGCCCAAUAGUAAUGCCAGCGAGAUCACUUGUGCUCUACCUUAAAUACCUUAAUAAUGUCCGAGAUUCCAAUAAUUGUAGCUAUCAAAUCAUACAACA